UACGUUAUGAGCAGAAACAGAUGAAACAGGAGGAAUACAGAUUAGUACAAUCGGGUAAGCAGGGGCCAGUGACAAGUGAGAAUCCUGAAUCCAGCAUCCACUACCGCGUUUUGCUGCCCACCGACGGAGCCACGGAAGAAGCCGAGAUCGCUGCAGAGGAGCUCUAAACGCACAGCUUAACACCAGCGCUGGGGAGAUCGGCUCCUCUCCUCUCCACUCCUCUGCUCUUGGGGAGGCGACGGGAAAAGAGAGAAAGGAGAGAGGCAGAGAGAGAGAGAGAGAGAGAGAGGGGGAACGGAAAAGCGGGAAAAGGCAGAGAAGUGCUGUUUUUUCCCAGUCUGGUUGGAUCAGGACUAUCAGACCGUUGGUUCUCUCUGAUAACUGUCCUCUGGGUCGCUGGGAUGGAGAACUGUAUGUGAUGCCUCCUGCACAGAGACCAGCAGUAUUCCCCCUGGUCGCCAUCCCGAGAUUUCAAUGAGGAUAGCAGGCUCGCUCCACCCAGGAACAUGAAGGGCUUAUCAGGUGGUCGUGUGCCGUACCAAAUUCCCAUGCUGCCCCCGUGCGGGCUGGCAGAGUGCGAGCAUCUCCAUGACCUGCACGGAAUGCACGUUUCCGACCUGCGUCACUCCUACCUGCUCAGCCCCACGGAGACCUGCGCCAUGGACUUCCAUCACCGCCUUUCCCCCCGCAGCUCCAUCCACUCCGACUGCAUGAUCAUGUCACCCGUGGCGAUAACCUCCACCGCUCCCGCCGACCACGUCUCUAGCAGCACCUUUCCCAGAAUGCACUACAGCACGCAGUAUUAUGACCCGGCCGCGCGGGAAGACUGUGCCACCAUCAACACCUCAGCCACAUCUGCCCCCCCCACGUCCACCUCUCGCCACGGCAGCAGCAAAAGCAACCGCAUCCCCGCCAACCUCCUGGACCAAUUCGAAAAACAGCUUCCACUUCACCGCGACGGAUUUCACACGCUGCAGUACCAACGCGCGUCGGCCACGGCCGGCGGUGAGCAGCGCAGCGAGAGUCCCGGUCGCAUCCGCCACCUGGUACACUCUGUCCAGAAACUCUUCACCAAGUCCCACUCGCUGGAAGGAUCGUCGAAGAUGAACGGCACCAAGGGCGACGGCGGGAGCGGGGGAAGUCAUCACCAUCACCACGGCAGCCACCACUCAUCCAAGCACGGUAGCAAGCGCAGCAAAAGCAAAGAGCGCAGGCACCGGUCGGGUACGGGGGGCUGGUGGAGCUCCGAUGACAACCUGGACAGUGACAGCACCUACCGCACAGCCAGCGCCUUGAGCCGCCAACACCACGAGCAUGUCGCUCUCGGCUUCCCGGAAUCCAUGCAUAGCCACUUUGGAGACCACUCUCUCAAAACCUCCAAAAGCAACAACGACGUCAAGUGCUCGGCCUGCGAGAGCUUGUCCAUGGCACCUGAGGGAAAGUUCAUGAAGAGAAGUUCCUGGUCCACGCUCACCGUCAGUCAGGCCAAAGAGGCCUAUCGAAAGUCCUCCCUUAACCUGGAGAAGCCCAUGAUGCAUCAGGAACUUAAACCUUCAUUCCGGUCUUCACACUAUCUACAGGUGCCUCAGGAUGAGUGGGGGGACUAUCCGGGGAUCGAGAAGGAAGAAGAGAUUCCAUGUCGCCGGAUGCGUAGCAGUAGUUACGUCAAAGCCAUGGGAGAUGAGGAUAGCGGUGAGUCUGAUACCAGCCCCAAAACGUCACCUCAGAAGACCGUCCGGUCUGAUGCCCUUGUCCUCAAAUCAGCCAUACAGAGGCCACAUAUAGACACCCAAAGCUCGGGAUACCACAUGCAAACAGCAAGAGAUAUGCGCCCUCACCCCAGCGUUUCUCUGAACCCCACGACCAACCCUCCUCAGUUUCGCUCCAGAAACCAGAGCUACAUGCGAGCAGUCAGCACCUUCAGUCAGGCAAGCUGCUUGAGCCAGGUGAGUGAGACUGAGGUCAAUGGCCAGUUUGAGUCAGUUUGCGAGUCCGUUUUUAGCGAAGUAGAAUCCCAGGCCGUGGAGGCCUUGGACCUGCCCGGCUUUUUCCGCACACGGAGCCACAGUUACCUGCGUGCAAUACAGGCCGGGUACUCCCAAGAUGAUGACUGCUUGCCUUCAAUGACAUCCUCCACUGUUACGUCAACUCUCAGAUCCACAACAGGGAUCCAGUUUCGUCUCCCUACUGCCUGUGGUGUGGACCGGACAGAACCCCCCACCCCAGCGGCAGUGACUUAUACACCCGGUUACAAGAAGACACCUCCUCCUGUACCUCCACGCUCCACCACAAAGCCGCUGAUUUCCGUGACAGCACAGAGCAGCACAGAAUCAACCCAGGACGCAUACCACGAAGGCCGGAUUCCACGUGGGGGGCUUUGGGCACCGGACAGCCUAGGCCGGGUUCGUUACAGCUCCGUCGACAGUCUGGACAGCACCAAGGCCGUCACCCUAGCCACGGAUACCAAGCGGCUCACAUCUGCGGGGAGUUACAGCUCUGUGCAGACCUGUGACAAAGCCAUUCUGGUGUCCAAAGCUGAGGAAUACCUCAAGACCCCUCGCUCUUCCAUCGGGAUACAGGUGGAAGCGGCUACAGACUCUGAAACAGACAGUAAAGGUCUCCCACAAUAUCAUUCUGUAGGCAUCCAGGUGGAGGAUGAGAAGCGACUCGGGCGCUUCAAACGAUCCAACAGCGUGACGACUGCAGUUCAAGCAGAUUUAGAGUUGGAGGGGUUCCCUUCCACAGAAGACAAGAGUCUGCAAUUUGGAGGAUUCCAGCGGCACUCCGAACCCAGUACACCGACACAAUACAACGUGGUGCGAACCGUACGGACGCAGGGUCUCUUCAGUUACCGCGAGGAUUACCGACCCUCCAGUGGGCCGUCCAGCCCGCAGCCCGAACCCUGGCUGGUGGAACCCUCUCACGAAGCAGCCGAACCCGGCCGUGUGUCGCCCCUCCGGCGUGACGGCAGCUGGUUCAUGCAGCUUCUCCACAGUGAGACCAAACGCUUGGAGGGCUGGUGUAAAGAUAUGGAGCGUGAAGCAGAAGAGCAUGACCUGACAGAGGAGAUUCUUGGGAAGAUCCGGAGUGCCGUGGGCAGUGCUCACCUCCUCAUGUCCCAGAAAUUCCAGCAGUUUUACUGGUUGUGUCAGCAAAAUCUGGACCCUAGUGCCAUGCCUCGGCCCACGGCUCAGGACCUGGCUGGAUUUUGGGAUCUCCUGCAGCUCUCCAUCGAUGAUGUCACUGCCAAGUUUGAUGAGCUGCAGCAAAUCAAGAGCAAUGAUUGGAGGAUACUAGAGAGUCCAGAGAAGAAGGUCAGAAAGAAAUGGCCGCCUCCUGUGUCGAAGAGGCCUCCUAAAGGUCGUGGCAUCAUGCGCGAGCGCUCCUUAGACCUGCAGGACCGUCAGAGACAGGAGGCUCGCCGCAGGCUUAUGGCUGCGAAACGGGCUGCGUCAUUCCGUCAGGACUCAGCUACGGAGAGGGCCGACAGUAUAGAGAUCUACAUCCCAGAGGCCCAAACCCGCUUAUGAAACUCACACGCGUGCGUCCAGCUACGCCAAAAACGCUUCACCAACAGGGUACAUCCAUUCUGCUCCAUGUCAGACCUCCACCGACAUGCAUCUGACGUCCUUCACGACGCACAUCUGGCGUGAGCUGAGAACAGUGGUGGAUUUAUAUACAGUAUAUAUAUAUAUGCCUCAAUGCAAACGGGUCACAGCAGCAUAUGCACUGCAAGACCUGAAGCUACUGCAGGCCGGUUUUAAUUUGAGUAUGUUUAGAGGCGGUAACAAAGCAUAGCCUGCGGCGUAGUCACGGAAACCAAGUGAAUUCUUUCCUAUUGGCACAAAAAUAAAUGUCACAGCAUUAUCAGUUCAUCUCAAAUAGAAUACGCAAGAAAAUGACUCUAAACGUAAAUUAACAUGGUCGGUUUAGAUUUGAAAUAAGAAAAAUUAGGAUUACACUUUUGAAAAUGAAAUGACGCAAAGUCUCUUUACAUAACAUUGUGCAAAGCAGGUGUAAUUCUAUUGCAUUUCCAACGGAAAUGUCGAUCUGGACCCUCACGAUAUUGUUCCCGUGGCGAUUACAUGAAGGUUUUGCUUCUGGCAUUUUAGGGCUUGACAAAGGGCAAAAGUUAGGUCGAGUCCCGGACUAAUCUGCACUUAUAGAUCCUGUGAUUCUAUGAGUCAGCCCAUAAGAUAGGCCUUGAUAUCAUUCAGUCAUACAGUAAAAGCUUCGACUCUCAUCGCCCGACCGUCGGUUUCACACUAUAACAUUUACAGAGAAGUAUUUAUAACACCAAUCUUCCUCAAGGUAGUCUGUGACAUAUAAAGGUGCAUAAGAAACUUUAAUAAUAUUACUGUAAAUGGUGCUGCUUUAUACUCUAAAACGUAGAUGCCCCUUCCUCUCCUUUCUGCACGGCACUAUGAACCACCUGUGGACUUUUUAAAGGGAGGUUUAACAUAGUGUCUCAAUGCAUAACGGUACUGGUAGAGAAAAGAAACACGUUUCUUUUGUGUUGGAUAUUUUUUGUAUACCACACUUUUCAGCAUUCGCACAAAAUGCUUUACGACUCUGAGGCCGAGACCUUUGUGUGGGACAGAGGGAGCUGGUUGGGCGGCAGCAAUUUUCUUUUUAUUUCUCAAAGAAACAUUAGUUCGCUUGUAAAUACGACGGUUGCAUUUAUUUAUCACUUUACUGGCACAACGUUGAAUUGUAAUUUCCCCACAUCUGUGCAUAACAAGGAUUCAGAUGUUCGGCUCCAAGCGUAACGUCCCAGGUCAUCUGCUACGUCGCUAGCAGUGCUGUUUAUUCUCCUCUAGCGUAACUGCAGCUUACUGUACACUCGUAAAGGCAAAGCGGGCGGCAAUCCCCAGCUUUUGAGCUAUUUCCUUUACCUGGCAGCCUUACAGCAUCUUAAGCAAAAAGCCUUGUGAAUGUAAUGCCCUGCUCUUGCAAAAAAUGAAACGGUAAAGGAACGCCAACAAAGUUUUCAUAGUGGAGGUCAACUCAGUCCAAACCGUUGUUCGUGGAAUAGCGGAUGUAUUCUGUAGUGAUCUUACAGUUGGGUUAGGAGGAUACAAAGAUGAUCAUUUACUCACCUUUAUGUCAUUCAGACACUUUUGAAAACAUUUGGUCUUUUUUAGGAAGGAAGUAAGCCUACAAUAAUCUAUAAACUGUUUUAUCGGACACAUGCGUCUGGCCUGAAGUUACCUUUCAGUUCGUUGAUCGGUCUGGCUAGUGGCUAAUAAUUUUACUGUUCAAUUUAAUUGAAUUUAUAUAAAUAAUAUUAAUAUUUUAUUGUAUAAUAAUUCUAUUAAAUAAACAAUUUGUUGCAUUUUACUGGAAAUUAAAUGUAUUAAAUAACUUGCAACUUUGUUGCAACCCAAAAUACUACUCACUGUCUAGACAUACUUUUAAUUUGCCAGAUAAUGUAAUUUACUUGAUAUUUAUUUUGCUUGUUAUCAGAAAUAACUCAAUUUUGACCACAAAAGCAUGCGCAAUAACGUUUGUAUGUUGUUGCUUUAAAACCAUCAGUACUACUUCAAACAUUUACAAAAAUGUUACCCUGCACUUAAUCAAACUAUAACAAUUUAUUUUCUUUUCACCAAGUGUAUUUGAGAGCUUGAAUUCUUACUUUAAGUCCAGUUUUGGCUCUGCUUCUGGAAGAUUUGAAAUUCAAGCCUUUCAUCAUAUGAAAAAACGUAGAAAUUCUGCUGUUUAAAAUGAAUUUUUGUUAAGAAUGAUAUUAGGGUGAGUAGAUAGGUGGAGUCUUUGUUUACUGGACCAUCUUUGGUCCUACCUUCACUUGUGGUCCAUAGCUUUGGGGACCCAGCAAAAAAAUAAGAUGUUGAAUAAGAAUACAGUGGAGGUGCCGGAUGAGCAGCAGAAAUGUGAUGAUCUCUUUAAGAAAAAUAAUGUUCAAUAGGUAGUGUAGUGUAAUGAUGUUGUGGCUCAGUAUUGCUGUUGUGGUUUUGAAGAGCGUUAAGAAAAAAAAAAUUACAGAACCAACCAGAGCCUUCCAAUUGGUACAGACCGAAAUUUGUGGUAAAGGUGGAAACGUGUUUUUGCAGACAUCAUGCUAACAACUGCUGCUAACAACAUACAAGUACAGUUGCCAUCUUGCACAUUUUAUAGAAAUACAUAACGGUUGAAAUGUGACAUGGAACAGAUGUAUUUUUCCUAAAUGAUUUGUUGGAUAUUUAUGUCUGGACAAUUCAUGUUUAUAAGAUUAGCCCUAUUUAAAGAAAAAGAAAAAAUUCUACCAUUUCCCCAAGUUUUUACAAAUGUAUUUAUUUUCUCUGUAGAACACAUAAGGUGAACUAAAAAAGUGUCCUGACCUCUUUUUGCAUAUAAUGGAAGUCAAUGGGGACUGGGGCUGUCACAUAAAUGAAUGGGGACCUAGGCCGUCACGUUAAUAAUAAAGUCAAUGGGGACUGGCUGUCACAUUUCAAAAAGACAAAAAGCACCAUCAAAGUAUAAAAGUGCUUGAAAUGAUCCACAUUAUAUUAGCUAAACAAACAAUAACUUCAUUAAAGCAACAGACUAAAAUUGGCAUGAAGGUGAUUGUUCUUUUUCCAGGUACUGUCCCUUUAAGAGUACAUUUCCCAAAUCCUCAAACACAAACGUGAGCCCUGUUUUAAGAUAUCGAACAAAGAAUAUUGUGUUGGGGUCGUUCUGAAAAGUUGUGAUAUAGAUGUAUCGCUGCUUUUGUAAAUGUAGUUUUAGACAUUUCAGAAAUGGAGUGCCAUCGCUUGACACGUGCCAUGUGUCUGACGUUUUUUAUUUGAGAAGAGAUCUAGCAGAUUUCAGUGAUUUAUAAAAGGUGGAAACAUCCAUAGGUGCCUUAUAAUCAGUGAUGAAGACUUAAAAACGACUUGCAUGAAAUUUAAGGACUGGUGUAUUUUUUCACGUGAUUUGGGACGUUUCAUGCAUUACAGAUCAUUUUAGAGCCCGGAGGUGUCGAUGCAUGACCGGUGGAUCAUUGACCAGCAGAUGACAUUUGACUGAUAUUGUGAGGAUUUGAGUUUUAUGUUUUGGAUUAUUGUGUGCAAGUUCUGUGUUUGAGCAGGACCGCGUGAUAGUGACGUGUCGAGUGUAAAUAUUGGGAAAUUAUUGAUCCGUGUGGAAGCCGGGCUGUAUCUAAAGGAUUCCCGGACCCUCCGUCUGUACAGUAUGGUGCUCUGGCCUACUUAACAAAAUGUUUUGUUGUGGGGCCUUUCCAGAAUCCUUUCCAGCCUACACCCUGACAGCUACAGCCGUGGAUUUAGGCCUAAAGGCUAGUUCACAUUGCCCAACAAACGUGUAUCUUCUGAUGAGUUUGUCUACAUUUUCGGGCAGCGUGAACUAACCUGAAGAGUUAUGAAAGCACUUCAGUUUUGACUUCUAUCAUUCUAUACGACAGACUCAAGAGGGCUCGUUCAUCUCUACAAAAUCUAAUACAGCAUAAGACCGACGCUCUUGGCCAGCGUCACGCUCACAUACUUUACCAGACUUGCCAGAAGGUGCAAUAGUGUAUAAAUACAUGGCAGGCACGUGGUGUUAUUACCUCUUAACGUGUGGUAUCAACGGCAGGACGCUAACGCGGUCGGUUCGGAGCAAACAGAGCGAUCUGUCCUGCUUUUCUACUAUGCAGCAGCUCUAGUCGGACUUUCUGAAUUUCAGAAGAGACAUUUAUUAACGGAAACAAAUUUUUAUGCCCAUUUAUUGUGAAAACCUUUUAUUAAGGAACAACUUUGCAACCCUGCUGAAAAGAGUUUGGUACUGGUCUUACUUGUGGAUCUUCAUUGCUAAGCUAAUGAAGUCUGGUUUAAGGAACAGUUCACCUUAAAAUAAAUCUUCUGUCAUCGUUUACUCACCCUCGAGUUGUUCCAAAUCGGUAUAAAUUUCUUUGUAUUGAUGAACACAGAGAAGACGCUUGUAACCAAACAGUUCUGGGACACCAUUGACUACCAUAGUAGGAAAACUGACAGGUAUGUAGUCAAUGGUGCCCCAGAACUGCUUUCCUACAUUCUUAAAAGUAUCUUCUGUUUUGUUCAACAGAACAAAGACAUUCAUACAGAUAUGGAACAACUCGAGGGUGAGUAAAUGAUGACAGAAUUUUAUUUUUUGGUAGAACCGUUCCUUUAAGUUGGGACACAAUGCAAAUCUUUUUAGUUUCCUGAUGGCAAAUAAACUGUAAAACAAAUUCUUUACAAACCUUAUGCCCUUAAAAUAUUCUACUUUGCGGCCGCCGAUGAUAUCUAAAACCACAUGUCAAACACUGUACAUCAUGACAAAAAAAACAUGCCACCUGAAGUUUACCGUUCUGCAGGGAAGCCCUUUAAUAUGUUUCGCUAGUUUACGAUUCUCCUCUUCGAGGGUCAAAUCCUCCUAAUGCAACGACGGCUAUUGUUCUAUGAACAAUGCUGCCAUUUCUUUUACUGAAACUGAAAAUGUGAAACAAUGUAAACAUCCAUGAAUGAGACGUUUGAGAGGUUAAAAACUGGUGCUUCAAUUUGUCAAAGAGUUGGUUUCAUAAAGGCGCGGGCAGGUUUUACCACGACAAUCAAAACACACACAUAAACACAACGUGGUCAGUAGUGUAAAGGCCUACACUGUAGUGUACACCUUUGUCGCAAAUUUCUUUUCUGGCAUAACCGUAAUUACAAAAUAACCGCGUAAAUUAUAUACCAAUUGCUCUCUUCCCCUUCCAUCCGUUCAUUUUUAUUCAAGUUAUUCCAAGCUUCUCUGUACAGAAAUCGUGGUAGUAUUGUAGGCAGCUGAAUGCGGUUUGGGCUGUGUAGACGUUUGAAUGUUUCGCUGCCUGUCCAGCAAUAACCUGAAGGAUUACAUGAUCAUGACGGACAUCAUUUGACAUCCUUGCUUUACUGGUAGGUUACGUAUAAAAGUAAUGAUUCCUCAUUUAACGGAUGCUUUAAGGAUGAUGGGGUUUCUCGGCAGAUUUAUUUCCCCCGAAAGGUUUACCGUGACCCCAGAAUAAUAAACAUUUUGUUUCCCAUGGUUUAUUUGUAAAGGGGAGGCAUUUUCAAUUGUUUUACAGCACAUCUCAAGUAAAGUGGUUGUAAUAUGUGAGACCUCUCGUUAAGUAUGAAAUAGGCUAUAAUAAUGAGUUGUUGACUUCCAACUUGUUUUGAAUCAUUAAAUAUAUCAAUAACGAGGACGAAUCUAAUGCCAAAUAUACAUUAUUUAUUUAAGAAAAUACAUAUAUGAAUAAAUGAAUAUAUGCCUAGUUUAAAUAGGGUUUUAAUUUCAGCUUUGUCAAGAUUAUUUUAAAGAUAUGACAGCAUGCAGGAUCGUAAAAAAAAUGAAUGUAUGAUUUGAUGUUUCAUUGCUGUUAGUUGUUUUGGCAUUUUACAAAUAGUUUGGUAUUUGUACGAUUAAUUUGGCUUUUUGUUUAUAUUUUUUUCGGGUCAUAUUCAUAUCUAUAAAUAUGAACUGUUGGGGUUUUUGGCAGAUGAGGUUUAUGUGAAAGGUUUGUCCUUCCUCUGCUGUCUUAGUUUUGCUUCAGUAUUUUUCCUAUUUUCAGAUUUGAUCGAUCUGCCUCUUUGAAUAAUUGAAUAUUAACUAUGAUCAAUUGUUGUACAUAGA